AUGGGUGUCAAGGGCCUCCACGCAUACCUGCGUAAGCAUGGCCGAUUACAGGCAGGCAAAGACAUUCCGAAAGAGCUUCAUUCCUACCAGCCUGGCGUGCUCUACAUCGACGUGUGUUGCGAGUUCUUUGACCUGUUGAAUCCUCUCUCUGAGAAGUUGUUCCAUGCUGCCAACAAAGGACAAGAUAUUGACAACAGCGUUGAUGCUAUCAAGAGCCUUGACAUUGUCAAAGAUCUGGCUGAUGGCAUAUUGAAGAGAGUGCGUACCCUUAAGGAUCAAGCGGGCCUCAAGCGGAUAUGUCUCGUGUUCGAUGGUGACAAGUUAAAAGCGAAGGCCAAUACACACGCCGCACGAUCACACGCAAGAAACAAGGCAUUUCAGAGAGCACGUCGUUUGGUGCGAAGAGGCUUGAAGACCGAGCGCCAGAGACAGAAGUUCCAGAAGUUGACACGUGCAUGGGUGACGUUUACCAAGGCGAUGAAGUUGGCAGUUGUGGAAUACCUUGGAAAGGAAGAACUGGUCAAGCUGUAUGAUCCAAUAAGCAGCGAUUCUGAACAAGGCAUCUUCAUGCAUCAAGCACCAUUUGAAGCCGAUUCGGAGAUUGUGUUCUUAUGCAAUCAGUUUCAGCACGAUGGCAGAGGAGGAGCAAUCAUGUCUGCAGAUGGCGACCUUUUUGCAUACGGUGGCAAUAUUGACACACCACAUGUGAUUAAGAUGAACUGGGAGACCUUGAAAGGCACCAUCACCAACAAGCGCGCCAUACUCAGCACUUUGAAUUACCGCACAGACACUGAAGACGCACUCAAAAUGGGUCAAGUGUGGUUUUCAGUACUAGCGGCUACAUGUGGCAAUGAUUAUGCACCCAAUCUGCCCCAACGUUCGUUCAUUUCUAUAUCAAAGGCAAUGGAUGAUUUGAAGAAUUUCGAUGGAUCCGCUGAUCAGCUGUUGGAGCUCGUGCUUGCCAAACUGAAUGCUCCUGAAUCAUUCGCCUUGCGUUUUAAGGUGGCGUUGCACCAAUACUGCCACCCAUUGGUAACCAAUUUCGAUGCUGCUUCGCCAAACAAACAACAACGCAGUCGUUUGAUACCGUUCAUGCCUGACGAUUCGAUAUUGCCUCUUGUGGAUGGUGUCCACGAUGUGAUCAUUCCAAAUGAUGCGCGACAAGAUGGUUCUCGAUACAGAGUUUUCAACAAUGAUUCAUUUGAUGGUAUCAAUGUCGCUGAAGAGCAACAUUCAACACCUGUCGUCCAGCCCAGCUCAUCAAACAAGAAAUCGACUUCGAAGGUUAAGGAAGGAUCGCGCUUUGUUGCCACCAUGGAAGCGGGAUUACAUUCAUCCGUACUCAGUGCUGCCGUGGCGCGGCAAAAGGGUGAUGGUGACAACAGGGAUCGUCUUGCUAUCCAUGAAGCUGAUGUGCUGGUAGCAUCUCUUCGCCAAUUGGUACACGAUGUGUCUUACCAAAGAUAUGUUGCACUACACAUCACAAAUAUUGCGAUUCGCCUGGCAUACAAGCACCUUGAUCACGACAUCGCUGAGACAUUUUUUGAGCUUUUUUUCCUGACAAAAAAAGCUGAACAAGCAAAGAUAUGGAAGUACAUCCUUUGCUGUGGCUCCGAUUAUCUGCCAGAAAGAAGAGGCGCAACUCAAGCGGUGAAGGAAAAGUACCAGCAUGCUCAGUACAAGGAAGAAACUGAUCUUUUGGAUCAACGAGGCAAUCUGCGGGAUGGAUUUGACAUUGGCGUUUUUAAGGCGUAUGAUUCGGAUCUUUCUUUCAUUCAACUAUCGCACUUGAUGGAGGGCAAUGUGAUCUUGAGAAACGUUUUGUUGACAGCACGCAAAAUGUAUUUCAACGGACAUCAUGAUCCAAAGAUCCCAGCGAGCACACAUCUUGUACACAUGAACAACCAAAUCGGUGUGGAUCUCAGUACCAAUUUUCGCCUGAAUAUCGUACUGCAUUUCAAGCAACGCUAUUUGCAAUAUCUCACCUGGCGUUUGAAGCAAGAGUCGCGCAUUCCUCAAGGUUGGCCUCAGCAUGAUUCCUUCCUUGAUGCAUUGUAUUCUGAGAUCGACAAGCGACUUGAGAAAGCAGACUUAUCAUCAGCAAAACUUGGUUCAGCUUUUGAUGGCGUUCAUUUAUCAGCAAAUGUCACGAAACAAGUUGUACAAUUUGUCAACAACACGGUGAAGCAAAUUGUUGCUACCAAGGCGCCAUUCACUCCACAGCUGUUUGAACUCUAUCUAUGUCGUCGAUGCACCACUCCUCAAGAUUGGCCUACGUCAGCAAACUUCUUGAAGUACAUAUUCUUUAAGAUUUGGGGUGUGCCGUUUGAUGAAAGAAUCCAAGAUGACGAAGACGAUGAGCCGUAUGACCAGAUUCAACAAGAAAUCGCUAAGCUGCCACCUGCCAUCCGUACUUCCAUCAUGCGUUUCAUUGAUAAGGAGAAGGCUGUCAAGGCAGGAAAAUCAUCAAUUGCGGAUCUGGAUCUUGGCGACUGUAUAGGUGUGAAGCAAGAGCGGGCGUCAAUCCCCAAAAAAAGAAAAAGACAAGAAGCAUUUGACGAGGAGGAUGAUGGUGAUGAUUACUAUGCUCAGCUUGCCGAUGAAGAUGAGGAUGAUGAGGACGAGGAGGAUAUCGGAGAUUCGUUCUUUGCUGGAAAGCCAUCACGUGCCAAAGCUGCCCCACUUGUAUCCAUCUUGAUGAAUAUCCUCGAGACAUAUCCAGAUGCAAUGAGCUUUUCAAUAUGCCCUGUGCAACCUUGUCAUACUAUAUCGAUUCCAAUCAGCAACACGUUUGCGGACACAUUCCUUGACCAUCUUGAUCAUUUUGCUCGUCAUCACAUGGAUACUAUGAAGAAAACAAGAAGCAACAGCAAAGACACCAAAGAACAAGGCCGACUUGAUGCCGCAAUAAAAGAUUCAUACGAUGCGAUCAAGAGGCUCAAGGUUGAAGGAAAGAGGAGAGACCCUUUCGAUGUCAUCUUCGAUAUCAAGUUCAGUGCAUAUGUCUCGAACAAGAACGGGAGUAUUAUGCGGCGUACACGUCACCAUGCACGCACAUUGAAGGAACGACGGCCUGGAUACAAGUCGCCGAGAUAUGAAGCAAAAGGCAUAUUCCGCACAGAUGGCAUCAGACUACAAGCUCUUUAUACGGACUGGAAGCGACGACGACGAGAAGGCUGCUAUGCAAAGUACUUGACAGAGAUACGACGCACAAUUCCAGAGAAACUAGCCCAGCAUUGGAAUGAAGAUCUUGAUACCGGGGCUAUCAACAUGCUCAACAACUACGCUGGUACCAUUGGCCUUGAUUUUGGUGAAGUUUGCAGUGUGGCAAGCGUAUUCCAUCCAUCUGAUUCAAUGUCCAAGAGCUCACAGCUUAUCAUCAAGAGAGGUUUUCUAUACGGCAACAACAUUCCCAACCGCAACUGGCUUUUGAACAGAAAAGCUGCCAAUGACAUCGAGGUUUUGGAAUGCAAGCUCAGUGUCGGGUCUACAAGAAAGGAUCUACAAUCUUAUAUGGUGUAUAUCAAGGCACUGCGAGAUGAAGAAAUCGGCAAUCAACUUUUUGAUUUCUACUCGAGUACAUCAGUUCGCCGCAAGGAUUGGGAUACUGCUAUGAGCCAACGAUCGCGUCUCGACACUGCUUGUGGAUUGAUCAUGAAUCAGCAUAAAAAGACUGUUACCGAAGCAGAUGCCAGGAAGCCUGUACUAUUUGGAUUUGGAUUGGAUGGCAUGCGGCAGAAAGCAAGGAAAGGUGCAAUGGCAUCCAAAGACAACAAGUUGGCAAACCGUUUGCAUGCACGCAUACUUCAAGGAGGUUUUCAUCAUUGCACGCGUGUCUGCGAGUAUAAUACGACAAAAAUGUGCUGCCAUUGUGUAAAGAGUGGGAAUCCUUCUGUUACUCGAUAUUUGCAACGUCCUAGCCCAAUCGGCCAACAAACAUCAUUCAGAGUCCUUUAUUGUUCACGCUGCCGUCGUGUCACGCACCGCGAUGGCAAUGCUGGUGAUAAUCAAGCCACCAUUUUACGAACCAUGCUUGCAACACAAAAGCGACCAGCAUGUUUUAUACCACCAUCUCGCCGACUCAUUUGA